AUGGUCUCACCAGAAGUUGCAGAGGUCCGUGGCGCAGCAGACGCCGUGUGUGGUUGUGUUGAAGUGUGUGGUUGUGUUGAGGUGUGUGGUUGUGUUGAGGUGUGUGGUUGUGUUGUGUUCAGGUGUGUGGUUGUGUUGAGGUGUGUGGUUGUGUUGUGUUCAGGUGUGUGGUUGUGUUGUGUUCAGGUGUGUGGUUGUGUUGAGGUGUGUGGUUGUGUUGAGGUGUGUGGUUGUGUUGUGUUGAGGUGUGUGGUUGUGUUCAGGUGUGUGGUUGUGUUCAGGUGUGUGGUUGUGUUGAGGUGUGUGGUUGUGUUGAAGUGUGUGGUUGUGUUGAGGUGUGUGGUUGUGUUGAGGUGUGUGGUUGUGUUGUGUUCAGGUGUGUGGUUGUGUUGUGUUCAGGUGUGUGGUUGUGUUGAGGUGUGUGGUUGUGUUGAGGUGUGUGGUUGUGUUGUGUUCAGGUGUGUGGUUGUGUUCAGGUGUGUGGUUGUGUUCAGGUGUGUGGUUGUGUUGAGGUGUGUGGUUGUGUUGAGGUGUGUGGUUGUGUUGAGGUGUGUGGUUGUGUUCAGGUGUGUGGUUGUGUGUGGUUGUGUUGAGGUGUGUGGUUGUGUUCAGGUGUGUGGUUGUGUUCAGGUGUUUGGUUGUGUUCAGGUGUGUGGUUGUGUUGAGGUGUGUGGUUGUGUUGUGUUCAGGUGUGUGGUUGUGUUCAGGUGUGUGGUUGUGUUCAGGUGUUUGGUUGUGUUCAGGUGUGUGGUUGUGUUGAGGUGUGUGGUUGUGUUGAGGUGUGUGGUUGUGUUGAGGUGUGUGGUUGUGUUCAGGUGUGUGGUUGUGUGUGGUUGUGUUGAGGUGUGUGGUUGUGUUCAGGUGUGUGGUUGUGUUCAGGUGUUUGGUUGUGUUCAGGUGUGUGGUUGUGUUGAGGUGUGUGGUUGUGUUGAGGUGUGUGGUUGUGUUGAGGUGUGUGGUUGUGUUGAGGUGUGUGGUUGUGUUCAGGUGUGUGGUUGUGUUCAGGUGUGUGGUUGUGUUCAAGUGUGUGGUUGUGUUAAGGUUGUGUUGAGGUGUGUGGUUGUGUUGAGGUGUGUGGUUGUGUUCAGGUGUGUGGUCGUGUUGAGGUGUGUGGUUGUGUUCAGAUGUGUGGUUGUGUUGAGGUGUGUGGUUGUGUUCAGGUGUGUGGUUGUGUUCAGGUGUGUGGUUGUGUUCAGGUGUGUGGUUGUGUUGAGGUGUGUGGUUGUGUUCAGGUGUGUGGUUGUGUUCAGGUGUGUGGUUGUGUUCAGGUGUGUGGUUGUGUUGAGGUGUGUUCAGGUGUGUGGUUGUGUUGAGGUGUGUGGUUGUGUUGAGGUGUGUGGUUGUGUUGAGGUGUGUGGUUGUGUUCAGGUGUGUGGUUGUGUUGAGGUGUGUGGUUGUGUUGUGUUCAGGUGUGUUCAGGUGUGUGGUUGUGUUCAGGUGUGUGGUUGUGUUGAGACUCACUGGCUGUGUGCCUGGCCAUGA